AUGGAAUUGUCCCUGAGAGCUGUAAAAGCAAAACGCAGCAAAAAGCAGCGAAAAACGCAAACCACACGCGCUUAUCGCAAAACAGAGAAGGAAGUGCAAUCAUUGCUGUCACAUUGCAACGACAACGAUGAGGUACAAACAGCACAAGAGCUAGAGGCGCGCAGCCUGCAGUUUUUUCAUGGCUCUGUGGACAACGACAGCUUCUCGCUGGCACAGGAAGAGGAUGUCGCGGAACAGUAUGAUGCAAGUUUGGCUGCCUCUUUUAUACAGAUUGAGCUGUCGGAGUCGCCGCUGGUGUGGCCGCAGCUGUCUAAGCAGCGUCAUUACCAUGACAACAGUCUGCUGUUCAAGCCCAGUAAUAAACUGCAGCUGCCAUUGCAGCUAAGCGAGUGUGAGCCGCAGCUGAGCAAGGCACAAGUUCGCAUGCUAAAUCGCUACCAGGAACAGGCACGUAGUCAAUGUGGCAGUGGCAAGCUUGAUGCUAAGCUUGUGACAGAACUUACGCAAGCGACAACGCAAACGCAGCGCUUUGUUAUAGACUCCAAGCUGUAUCGCAGCAAUUGCAACCGAGUGUUCAAGAGCGUGUUUAUGCCGCCAACUCCCUUGAGUCAAUGCCAGGGUUUGCCCACGCGCUAUUGCCUCAAACUGUGUCUCAAGCACUUGCGUUUUACAACUCACCCACAACUGCUGGAGGAGCACAAAGUGGCGCAGCAGCUGGAGGAUUUGUACGAGUUGUAUGCGCAACAACUGAACAGACAGCUUUGUGAUAAACUACGACAGGAGCUCCAAUUGGCGCGUCAUGUGGCUGCACAAUUGCUACAGCUAUGUCGAGAGCAACAGCCGCAACUGGUGGAGCAGCUUCAACGCCAGCUGCGCUUAACACAGGAGUUGCGUGAACGCUACUAUGCGGAAUGCGCAGCGCAGCGCAGUUUGCUACAGCGCCUGCUCGCCCAGUGGGCGCAGCUUAAGGAGCUACGCCGCCAGCAGCAGUCCCAAUGCACACGUUUGCAGUUAAACUUGCGUGUGGUGCAGCCCUCGGAUUUGAAUGCCACGUGCGCAGCUUGGAAGCAGCGUUUUGAGACGGAUUUGGCCGAGGUUUAUCGCGAGCAUUUGCAACAUUACAAGCAGCAGCGUCGUCUCUGGAGCAAUGCGCAGUUAACCAAGUCGCAAUUGAAGCCGCCACGCAAGCCGCAAUUUAACGAUAUUAUGGCCAAGCUGAAGGCUGAAUAUGAGCUCGCUUUUCCGGAUCCCGAGGAGCCGGAAGUGCAUGUGCUGCGUCAAUCUGUGGAUGAAUCAACGCUCCAAUGUCAGGCCACAGGCAGCGAGGCACGCAACUAUUUUCUCAAAAUCUAUUUGGAUGCACAGUUUGUGGCUCAGUCGCGUAACUAUCGCCUCGAGUCCGAUUUGCAUUUGUACAUGAAUGAGAUCAUUGGCGUCAUGCUCGACCGUACGCUGCCACAAGAGCUUAACAUCUGGCUAUAUGAGAAAUCAACACUGACGUCACACAAUCGCCGCCUCGCGCAGAUGAGCCUGCCACUGGCGGUGACCAAAGAUGGCAGUGGCCAGCAGAAGCUUGGCUUUCAGCUGGAGUCCACGGGCACGCGCGCACAACUGGCUGGAGAGCUCUUUUUGCACACCUACUAUCAUAGCGCGAAUGGCGCGGAGGAAAGUGAUCUGGAUGUCAUACAGCCGCUGGCGGAGGAGCUGCGUCAGGCAUUGCUGCCAGUCAGAUUGCCGGAGCUGCCAGAGAGCAAACCGAAGACAACACCGCGUGCAGCAGAUGCCAAACAUAAGCCCGCUGGCAUUGUCUUUGCGGAGGAGGAGUUGCAGCUGUGUCGCCCGGAUCAGCUGCUGGACAAUAAGCGCUUGCGUCUCUUGCAUUCGCGUCAUCAGCAGCGCAAUGUGCGUACCAAGCAGCUGCGCUUUGUGCCCGCGCUGGAGCAUGAGAUUGGUGAGCUGGAGCAGCUGACGAGCAGCGCGCAGCUGGAGCAGCUGCUGGAGCCUGGCAGCAACUGGAAUCCCAUUGAUCUGCAUAAGCAUCGCGGACGCAAGUUUCUGCAGUUGCUAUACGAGACAAUAGGCGGACAAUGUGCACAGCGUGCCAAGGCGAUGGAGACGCCUGUGCCGCUGCUGCUGUUGCGUCUACCCGACGGCCAGGAGCAGGAGCAAAACACCAGCGAUGUUGGCAUAGCCGAUGGCUGGCUUGCUCUUUGGCGUGCCUUUUGUGCGCUCUUUACGCGUCAGCCCGCGCGUCCAACGGCUCGCGAGCCUAUCUGGCAGCCACAGCAGUCGGUACAUGAGUUGCACUUGCAACAGUUCAACGUCUCGUUGCAUGUGGUGCGUGCCACAGGCGUGCCAGUGCGCAGCCGCCACAUACUCAAUGUGGAGGAGCGUCGACGUAGCAGCGCCGGCACCAGCAGCGAUCUCAGCACCAGUCUAUUUGUCACGCAGACACUCAUGUACUCCAAUGUGCGUCCAUUUGUUACGCUUAGCUAUGGGCAGCGCUUGUGUCGCAGUCGCACCGCUGAGGGCUCCAAUCCCACCUGGAAUGAGCAGCUGCAGCUGCAGAUAGCCGGCGAGGCCAACGAACUGCGCGAAGAUCUCAAAAUCAGUUUAUUCGAUGAGCUCAUUGAGCAACAGUUCACCGACGAGGCGGCGGAUCUUUACCAGCGCGUGCAGUGCAAUUGGCUGGGUGAAUAUCGUGUGCCCAUUAGCCGCUUGCUGGCCCAGCGCAAGUUCGAGGGCUGCAUUGAGCUCUGCAUGCCCAAGGUGCUGGUGGGCUACAAGCGUCCGCUGAUUGAGUCUGUGACCAACAUAGCCGCCGAUUUGUAUCCCGAGUUCAAAGAGAGCGUGCAUCUCUGGUUCUAUCUGAGCAUUGAGCCCAGCAACGAGCUGCCGCCGCUGCAGGUGGAGGCACUUGCCUGUAGCGAGCUGCCGGAAUUGCAGCAAUUUCUGCGCGAGCGUCGUCUGGAGCUGCAGCAGCUGCUGCCGCAACCGCAGCGCUAUGUGGAGCCGCUGGUCUGCACCGCUGAGGGCAAGCGUGUCUGCUUGACGCGCCUGCUGCAGCCUGUGCCACUGCCUCAGUCACUUGACCAGCAGCUGGAGUCUGUCUGUCGCUUUGUCUCGCUGCUUUGCCAGCUGCGUCAGUUCGAUGUUUGUCAGGGCUUUCGUGGCGUUUGGCUGGACAAUCGCACGCUGCUUGAUAGCACCUGGUGCUCGGCCAAGGAUCUGGGCGUGCUGCUCUGCAACUUUAUGCUGGCUCUAGGUCUCGAGUGUUGGCUGCUACUCGGCCUGGCCUGUCCCUAUGGCGAGUGCAGCUUUGUCAUCUAUCGUCAACCCCAAAGUGGCGAAUUGCUGCUCAUUGCACCAGCUACGGGCAAACGCUAUCAGCUGCAGGACAUCUUUUGCCCUCUGACGCGUGUCCACUGCGUUGUGGGCCAAGAAAAUAUCUAUUUCAAUAUGCAGACGGAAACGCGCGUCAGCAUGACCAACUUUAAUCUAACUGAUGGCGCCUGUUGGCUGCCGCUGUUCAACAAGCGUCAGGCAGCACCACAAGGAGGUGUGCAUAAGCUGGAUUAUGUAUACAAGCGUAGCUACGAAUUGUCCGAGCUACAGAAGCACAUCGAACGCAAGAUAAUGAAAAAGGUGAGCAGCUGGCGCAGCACACGUAAAACCAUAUGGAAUCGCGCUUUUCAGCCACGCUUGUUGCGUAUCUUGAGUGAAAUGGAAAAUCUGAGCAUUUACACGAGUAGUCGCUACGAUGAGCCAGCGUACAGCGAAGAGCUGGAACGCGAGUUUCCCAACUAUAGACUGUAUGGAUUUACGAUUAACUUUGCCUACACCAAUCUGGCAGCGAUAUCGGAACGCAUACGCACAAGCUGCAUUCAUUACAAUAACAAUGCGCUCGUCGAGUUUUGUGUGGCGGUGCAUAUAAAUGCCUAUGCCAACGAUGUGAUUUCAGUGUGGGUGUUUCUGCUAUCUAUGGUGCCACUGGUGGCCUGAUAUUUGUCAUCCGUUGCAUUACGUAUCACUGAUAACUGAUAGCUGAUAAACUGAUAAGGAAUGCCUUAAAGCCGGUCAGGUAAUCAAUAAUAAAAAAAACCAACAACAAAAAAAGAAGAGCAACAUAGAAAUACGAAGUUCACUUUGCUGCAAACGUUUAAAGCAGUUCAGUUCACUGCGCACCUUCAUAAAGAGUAGACGGUGCACCCAACAUCCAACAGCACACCCUUACCAGCACAAUUGACGGCUGCGUCAUGUU